AUGGCAACUAAGGAUAGCAACCAGCAGAACGCCAGCGUGAACGAGGUUAUCUCCAACCUGGAGGUUGACGAGGCGGCGUUGGCCCAAUACAUCUCGUCUACUACCACGUCGAUCAAGGCAUCGGUCACAGAUUACCGCUAUGAACAUGGCCGACGCUAUCAUGCAUACGGCGAUGACAAAUACCACCUCCCGAAUGACGAGAAAGAAAUUGAUCGUCUAGAACUGCAACAUCUCAUCUGGGUCGAGGCGUUCAAUGGCCGCCUCUAUCUGUCUCCUCUCCCGGAGGACAUGACCGAUGUCCUCGACGUAGGAUGCGGCACCGGCAACUGGACCAUCGAAUUCGCCACCGCCCAUCCGAGCGUCGCCGUCCUCGGCACCGACCUGUCCCCCAUCCAGCCCUCCAACGUCCCCGUCAACUGCCAUUUCGUAGUCGACGACGCCACGCAGGAGUGGGCGUUCGGCCAGAAAUUCGACUUCGUGCACACACGCGCCAUCACGAUGGGCAUCGGCGACUGGGACGGCUUCAUCAAGCAGGCCUACUGCUCCCUCAAGCCAGGCGGGUGGAUCGAGCUGCAGGAGUUUUCCUUUCCGAUCGGGUGCGAUGAUGGGACCAUGAAGGAUGGGAGUCCGUUGGCGGAGUGGGCGGCGGCCAUGGUGAGCGCGAUCGCGAAGGUGGGCAUGGAUCCCCGGGCGGCCCUGAAGCAUCCGAACCGGUUGAGGACGGCAGGGUUUGCUAAUGUGCAGGAGCUGCCCGUCAAGUGUCCGCUGGGGCAAUGGCCGAAGGGAUCCCGGGAGAAGAAGCUGGGAGUGUUGGGCCAGAAAGACCUGCUAAUAGGGAUCGAGGGGAUUAGUACGAAGUUGUUGCGGAUGUCGGGGUAUAGCGAGGAGAAGGUCAAUGGGUUACUGGAGGCAUGUAGAAGAGACUUGUUGAAUCCUAUGAUCCACGUUUAUUUCCCGUUGACUGUUUCCUGGGCUCAGAAACCACUUGAGGAAACUGGAUAGUCGAGCCGACUUCCAGCUAGGGAGCUGGAGACAUGACAUUUGAUGAUAGAUGAGUGGGCGUUCCAUUUGUACUAAGACUGACUUUCGUCAACGAUAUUGCAAUAUGAUUCUUUGGGAGCGCCGGGUGACUCGUCCAUCGUGAACUAAGCCAAGUUCAAAGGUUCAUGUGAGGCGUUACCUCCCUGCCGAUUUACUUUUCUUCGUUCGAUCCGUAACCGUGAUCCACUCCGGCCUCACCCCUCUCUUCCCGAGC